AUGCGGGUCCUGAGCUCGUUGGCUUCUCUUUGGAGUCGGUUGUCUUCUCGCCAGAAGACAGAGCCCGGGGCGGACGCUGCUGCUGCUGCUGCUGCUGCUGCUGCUGCUGCUGCUGCUGAAACCCCAAACCCUAGAAUUCGGGGGCUUUACAUUUGGGGGGGAGUUGGCCAGGGAAAGACAAUGAUAUUAAAUGCCUUUUUUGAUUGUCUUGCAAUUAAAAACAAACGGAGAGUUCACUUCCACGAAUUCAUGCUCGACGUGCAGCAGGAGCUGCACAAAAUCAAGCAGCAGCAGCCGCCCGUCGGAGACCCCCUGAUGGAAGUUGCAAGGAAGAUAAGACAGUCUGCGAAGGUCCUUUGCUUCGACGAGUUCCAGGUUGUGCACAUUACUGACGCCAUGAUAAUGAAGCGCCUCUUUGAAGGAGUAGUGGUGGUGGCCACCUCGAACCGCCCCCCCAGCGAACUUUAUUUGGGGGGUUUAAACCGCGAGAGGUUUCUCCCUUUUAUUCCUCUUCUUGAGAAGUUUUGCAAUGUUUACCACAUCGACACCAAGAAGGACUACAGACAGGCGAAAGGAGGCGUGAGUUGCCGGCGGCUGUUUUAUGCUCCUCCGAGAUCUGAAAAUGAAAUUUUUGAUCAACUCCAAAAAGCUGCAGGAGGGCCUCUUGAAAAAGGGGAAAUUCAAGUGCCGCGCAUGCGCGCCGGCUUCGCAGCCUUCAGCUUCCAGGACUUGUGCUGCAGCAACGUGGGAGCAGCAGAUUACUUUUCUCUUUCUUUUUCUUUCCACACUUUGUCAAUUAAUUCCAUUCCAGAUUUGCAACAAAUGGAUUUAUUUCCCGACGAAAUCCGGAGGUUUAUCAGCCUCGUGGACGUCCUCUACGAGCGAAACGCCGAUGAGGCAUUUUCAAUUAUGACUUCCCGCGGCGCUUUUCCUUUAGACUCGAAUCGCAUAAGGGGCAUUUUGUUUUUCCACAUGACUUCUUUCGACUUCGAGCCGCCAACAACUGCAGAUUUAUUUCUUUUCAGUUCUGAAAAAGAAGCUGCGCAGGUUUUGCAAAGUUCUGCAGUUUACGAAUUGAACAACGAAGGCCUGGACUCUGCGGGAUCUGAAGACAACCAAUUCGCCUUCGUCCGCACAAUUUCGCGAAUAAAAGAAAUGACUUCUUUGCCGUAUUUGCUGGCGCACCAAAAGGCGCACAAGUUGAACGACUUGGAGGCCUUUGGAAUAUCUCAAAGUGAAAUUUGA